AUGGAGCGUCAGUAUCUGAAGAAGAUCAUUGCCGAAUAUGAAGCCUUGGACAUGGAAAUGCCUUGUAUCCGCAAGUUUCCUCGGCCACCUGCUGCCCGACCUCUUUGCCUUUGCUUGGAGAACCCGCCUGAAAAGGAGAUGAAGCAUGCUGAAAUCCUAGCAGCCAUAGAAGCCGUCAUUCCCAAUGCCUUUGAAGCAGGUCUGCUACGCAGCAUCCAAUUUGAAAACAUCAAUGUAAUCUGUGGAACUGCUGGGCGGAAGAACAGGUGGCUGAUCACAGUAUCAGAUUUCCGAACUCGGAAUCAGCUGUUGUGUUCUGGAUUAACCUUGGAUGAAAACCAUUUUGUGCUGCGACGCUGGGAUAAUCUGGUAAUGGAGGACUAUCGCAUGCACCUUCGAAGGUCCUUAGCUCGCCAGCGUCUGCUGAACACACUCAGUGACUCCUGGGAAGCCAGUCAUUUGGAUGGCAUCUGA